AUGGAGUUGUUACCAGAUGGUCAAAGUAACACCGCUUCGGAAGUAUCAUGGGAGGACCAACAAAAGAUUAAUAAAUUUUCUACCUUAAUCAACAAGAAAGACGAGGAAUUGGGAAAUCUUGAAAAACUCAGAACAGAGAAGAGCUACAUAGAUGAUAUGUCCUUAGAAUUAGAGCUUCUUGAUGAAGAUGAAAAGAUUCAAUACAAAGUUGGAGAAAUUUUUGUGUUUAUGAAAGUAAAAUCCGUGAUUGAAAGAAUAGAGAAAGAAAAUGAAAAUUUAGACGUACAGAUCAAAGAGAUUGACGAUGAUGUCGAAGAUAUGGAUGAGAAGUUGGAUGAGCUCAAGAAACAGCUAUAUGAAAAGUUUGGAAAAAAUAUUAACCUUGAACGUUAA